AUGCAAAAAACAUAUUUGGAACAUUUUUUAAAAAAUUUUAAAAAAUAUGAAAAAAAACAAACAGACAUUUACAUUUCAAAUAAAAAAAGAAUAAUAAAUGAAGAACAUAUUCGUGGGUAUUACUAUUACUCUAUGUUCAUAAGAAUGAAAUUGAUGAAGCAAAAUAAUGUAAAUAAUACAGAUUAUAAUAUAUUUAAUAAUAAUAAUUAUUAUGAGAAGGAGUUGAAGCGGGAAGGAGAUUAUUAUUCAUUUAAUAAAAAUCAGAUUACUUCUAAGGUAUAUAAAAUAAAAGAUAAUGUAUCGAAUAUUUCUUAUGAGCCAUAUAAUAUCUAUGAUGAUAGUAAUAUUUUGAAUUAUAAGAACAAUCAAAAAUUGUAUGAAAAAAAAAAAAUGAUAACACUACAAAGGUGUUAUUAUUCAGGUCAUAUAGAUAAACAUACAAAAAAUAAUAACAAAGAAUUGCACGGUCCAAUAAAAAUUUUGCAAAAAUAUAACAACAGAAAUAAUAAUAAUAAUAAUAAUAAUAAUAAUAAUAAUAAUAAGGACGAUGAUAUUUCUAAUAUUUCUAAUAUUUCUAAUAUUUAUAAUAUGCAUGGUGAUAAUAAAAAAUGUGGACAAAACAAAUGGAAAGAUAUCUUAAUAUUUAAUUUAAAAAAUUAUAUCAUAUUAUGCAGAUUACACAUACCAGCUGGGAUAUAUUUAUUAUUUUAUUCAUCUUUAUAUGGUUAUUUUUUAACUUACGAUAUUAACAAUAUAUUAUUAAAUAAUAAUAUUAUUAAUAUGAAUGAAAUAAAAGAUAUAUUAAAAAAUAUAAGUUUGUUCUUAUUUGGUAGUAUAAAUACAAGAAUUACAGGAUGUAUUAUAAAUGACUUAUUAGAUAAAAAUUUUGAUAAACAAGUUGAAAGAACAAAAAAUAGACCCAUAGCUAAUACAAAUAUAAGUGUAAAUAAAGCUAUAAUAUAUUGUUCUAUACAUGGAAUACUAUCUCUUUUAACUCUCUUUCAAUUUAAUUAUAAUACAAUUUAUAUAGGUUUAUAUUCAACCUUCUUCAUUUUUACAUAUCCUUUAUUUAAACGUUUAACAUAUUAUGCACAGAUAUAUUUAUCUCUUACAUUUAAUUUAGGUUAUUUUAUAUCAGCAAGUGUAAAUAUUAAUUUAAUAGAUAAUAUAAUUCCAACUGUUGUAGGUUUCUUACCUUUAUCAUUCUUAACUAUUAUAUAUGAUACAAUAUAUGCCCAUCAAGAUAAAAAAGAUGAUAUCAGAUUAAAACUUAAAUCGCUAUCCAUCAAAUGGGAUAAAAAUACAUUAAAAUAUUCAAAAUUAUUAUCUCUCAAUAUGCUCCUUUUUUUGUAUGCAUCAUCAUAUCUUUUUGAUAUGCAUUUUUCUUACUACAUAUUUUCAACAUUCAAUAUAAUGUAUUUGUAUUACAUUCUAGACAACGUAUCCUUAACUGAUAAGCAAAAAUGUAUGAAUUUUUUUAAAAGGAGUAAAAAUGUUUUGUUCUUAAUGGCCCUCGCAGCAAUUCUAAGUAAGUCUUUCCAAGUGGUACAUAAAAAGGAAGAAAAUAAAAAAUAA